AUGCAGUCCACCUUUACACUCGACGACGCACCGUCGUCGACGUCAGCCAAACGGCGCCGGAAGUCGGGCGAUUCGUUACAGCCGGCACCGCCCAGCCGCAUUGGCGGUUCGUACCAGCGCACCAAAGCGCCGUCGGCCUGCUUGGUGUGCCGAACACGCAAGACCAAAUGUGACAAUGUGCGACCGAUCUGUGGAUUCUGCCAACGAACAGGCGGCGAUUGCCACUACGCCGAGCCGGAGCGGUCUCGAUUCGACCCGGCCAGUCUCGCCAUCCUGCAGCAGCUCGACGACCUCAAGUUGAUUGUGCAGGGCCACACGUUGAUUCUGCAACAGCAGCAACAGCGUCAGCCAGAAGCCGUUACCGGGCAAAGUCCCUCUCAAGACUCGCGGCAGUCGUCGGUUGGAACCAGGAAUGGUCGCGGAGGCAUUGCUGGUGGCUUCUCUGGCUCCUCGAUGCCGGUCAACCUCCACGGGCCAUUCGACGGGACGGAUGACCACAUCUCGCCGACGACGCUCGACAAGCCGGCAUCGGUGUAUUACGGCUUUGGCCCCGACUCUAGUUAUGCCCAGCCCCACCGAAACAGCGAUGGUGGACAGAACGGAGCACAGAAACGCAGCGCGCGCCAGGCCUUUGAUCGCUAUGCCGCCCGUGUGCAGACCGACACGGACAUGCCCAUUGGCACCGAAGCCAUGCUCAACGCGUCGGCUGACAUGGGCAUCGAGGCGAUGCUGCGCUGGCCCGUGUUCAAACGAAAGCUGGACGCCCUCAAGAUCACACCGCACGUGUCCGUUGUUUCGCUCAUGGAGACGCCAGCCUCGAGCGCCGCCAAUGACACUUUGGACGGCAUGCCGCUGAAGCCGCUCGACUCAUUUGGCCAGCCGGACUUUAUCAGGCGCACACGCGUUCUCGAGCUCGUCGACAACUUCCUCGUCAACAAUAAUUUGAAGAACCCGAUUCUGGGCCCGGCCGCACUGCGCGCCGAUGCCGAGAUCUUUGCGGCGUCUCCACUGGCCUGGACCGGCCGAAAUUGUCUGAUGUAUCUCGUUCUUGCAGUCUCCACUCUAUCGAUACCGUUCACCGAGACCACAGCCAGCCGCCGCGUGAAGGUCGACCGUACCGAUCCGGCCUUUUCUAUCGCCGAGGCCUACUUUCACGAGGCGCAGCAGAGAAUGGGAUGCUUGAUAUGCACCGACUCGUUGCUGGCUGCCCGGUGCGGUUUCCUGACGGGUGUCUACUUGAUGCAUACGCUACGAAUCUUACCAGCAUGGAGGGCCUUCGUCCAGGCAGGCUCCAGCUGUGUCUCCUACUUUAUCGCCCACAACCGCGUCGAUACCGUCCCCAACGUCCCACGAAACAACCUCGGCAAUGGCGACGGUCUCACUGCGCCGAUGCGCCGCGACGAUGUGCCCUCUACGUCAACCGAGCGAGCUUUGGAGGAUGCGCUCUACUGGAGCGUCCUCAAGAGCGAAGUCGAACUGCGGCUGGAGCUCGGCCUGCCUGGAUCUGGCAUCAAUGCCAUCCGCUAUCCGCACGUCUUCCCCUGCGUGCCCGACAUGGAGAUCGAUGGCCGCGAGCUGAGCGUCGACAGUGGCGGUUUUCUCGUGACGAACCAGCCUGAGGUCGAUCGGUCCCACCUCACCUUUGGAUGGUUCUUCUUCUUAGCUGAGAUUACGUUGAAGCGGCUCAUGUACCGCAUCAUCAACAGCCGGUAUUUGCUGGGACUCGGUGCCGACGUAGAGCAGGCAUCUAGACCACACACCGAGGAGGGAAGCAACGGCACAGACGAGCCUAACAUGCAGAUCGACCCCGCAGUACUAGACACGACGGAGUUCGACUUGCAGUUGGAGCAAUGGAUGCAGCUGCUGCCGCCGGCCAUGCGGUUUCCCGACUCGUGGCGGGAGCCUCCAUCUGAUAUCCUCCCCUGGGUGCUUCGUGGCCAUGGAAUUGACGCCGUCGAGCUGCUGCGCUUCCCCGCCUUUGCUGCAGUCAUGAAACUCGAGUCGCCGCUGGCGCCCCUCAACGCCUGGACGUCCGCAUCAGUCAGCCAAUACGCCGAAGCCACGCGACAGAAUCUCGUCCGACUAGUGCGUGACUACCUCCGCAACUCUGUCGACCGCAUCGAAGCGAAUGCAAACGGGCUCGCCCAUCGGCACCAGGGCUCAUGGCUUGCCAUCCGCAGCUGUACUCGCAGUGCUCUUGCUCUGAUCGGGACACGACUAGCCCUGCAGGAACAGCGGGACCUGGCCGUCAUGCACGGGUUUGGCGUUGGCAAUGCUGCAAACAGUGCCUCGUCGCCAGGCUCUACUCUCCCCGACUCGCUGCUGCCGCCGCGAUGGAAGGACGGUGUCCAGCUCGUACGUGAUAUACUCAAGGCGUGGGCGCCGGAAGGGCGAGACGUGGCACACCUGGCAGUUGUUUUGGAUGGACUAUUUUCGUUGUGUGACGAUAUUGAAUAG